UUAAGGAGGCUACAUAAAUGCAAGUCCCUGUUGAGUAAAGAAGAUGGCAGUGCAGCUGGCUCUUCAAUCAUAGUUGAACCCGAUGCAGUUACUGGUCCCUGUGGCAGAACAGCACGUGGAACAAAAACGUGAGGUGCAAAAUCACUGCAAUGUUAGUGUGCAACAUGUCGUAAACGAAGACAGAAAUAUUUUCAUAUGAUGAAAUACAAUAUUUGAUGUACUGAAUGUGACAGACCAACAAUUCCGAUAUCAAUUUUAAAAAAGAAACUACCUGACCGAGCGUGAUUUCGCCUCCCGUAUCAGAGGGCAAAAUAGACUUUUGAAACCAGCAGAAGAGUCUCUAGUGGGCGGUUAUGAAUCCCGCCUGACAGCAGAUAAGGGGGAGAAGUACUUUGUCGUUAACGUUAAAUACGACGAGCUGUUUGUGACAGAGGUGAAGGUUAAGGGGGCACAGCAGCAAGAGAGAGGGAGGGAAAGGCCCUGCAGUUGGGCCAGAUUCCAGACGCCGCUCGCGCUCGGUUCAAACGGGCCGGAGGCUCGCGCGGUUAUGGCGCAGUCAACCGACGGCAAGGCCCUGACGCUGGGCUUGUUAGCCGGGGUGGGCAUCGGGGUGGCCGCCCUCACGCUGGCGGUUGCCUGGUACCAGAGGACCAGGAAGAGCAACGGCAGCGUCUCCGCGGCGAGGAGCCGGACUGACUUUCACAACCACUUGAAAGCCUCUCCGCGUCAGGCCGACAUCUUGGAGAAGCUCAGCGGGCUGAUCCGCAGCCUGGAGGAGGUGAAGGGCGAGGUGCAGAGCCUGAAGGAGGCCGUGCCUCGCCUGGAGGAAAAGGUGAGGAGAGAGCUCGCCCAGUUCGGGCCGGAGCGGAGUCCAAGAAAGAGGAGCAGCCCCGGCCACACUGCGGCCAGGAAAAGGAAGAGGAGCGAGCAGGUCGCAGAGGAUGAAGGUGCAGGUGGAGAUGCUGCAGGUGGAGAUGCUGCAGCUGCUGGCUAUGCUUCCCUGAGCUCUGAGGAGGUGGAGAGUGAAGGAGGCUACAUCACAGCACAUACAGAUACAGAAGAAGAAUCUGAAGAGGAGAAGGUUAUACGUUCUACAGUAAAUACUGCAUUUGGAUCUUCGGUACCGGAAGACAACCAGUCUAGCGAAUUUGAUGUCCUAAUGCAGAAAGCAGAUAAUCUACAUGAGAAUCCAGAAUUGGAUAAGGAAGAAGGAUUCCAGUUACUGCUUGAAAAAAAAGAUCAGUUUUGGGAUCAGGUGGAAUUUCUGUGGCGAUUAGCACGGGCAUAUGCUGAUAUGCAUGACAUUACGGCAGAUGUUGAAGACAAGAAAAACUAUGCUACACUUGGUAAGGAGAUAGCUAUGGACGCAGUUAAUGUGGGUCCCCAGAGUGCUGAUAGCCACAUGUGGCUUGCAAUUAUUUGUGGGCAUCUUUCCGAAUGUGGAAGCAUACAGGCUAAAAUCAAGAAUGGCUCUCUUUUCAAAGAUCAUAUAGACAAAGCAAUUGAACUGAGGCCACAAGAUCCCCUAUUGUAUCAUCUGCUGGGAAGAUGGCGCUAUGCAGCUUCACAGUUGUCAUGGCUAGAAAGAAAGGUGGCUGCAACAUUGUUUGGCGAGCCGCCAAAUUCAACCGUACAGGAUGCUUUGCAGUGUUUCCUCAAGGUAGAGGAACUACACCCAAGAUAUUCCAAAGCUAAUUGUGUAUAUAUAACAAAGUGUUACAGAGAACUUGGACAAACCAACAACGCACAAAUGUGGUGUGACAUGGCAGCAUCCUUUCCCAACAAUACAGAGGAACCAGAAAUUCAGGAAGAAUUAGAAAACCUGCUCUCUCUCUUCAAGCAAUAAACUUCAUUUCUUUACUUCCAGUUAUGAAAAUGAUUUAAACAUUUGAAUGCACUCAUGAUUGGAUAACUAUAUUGUAAUAUUCCCUUGAGAAAAGGAACACGACAAAUGGGUUUUAUUGAGAAUAAGAAACCAAGAAACAUUUCUGACAUUUGCUGAAAUUUUGUUUCAAUAAAUUAAUUUACUGAAUCAUGUUGACUUCAAAGAUUCUAAGUUAAUCUGGUUAAGAUUGUUAACAUUGAAAAUAUCUACAAUAUGGAAAUGUACAUUUUUUAAAAAUAUAUGAUGGGCUAUAUCAGCAAAUAUAGUUUUUUUAAGUAGAUUUAUUGUCACUAAAAUGUCUGUAAAGUCCAGGAAAUGUACAGUAAUGUACAGAAACCACUACAUGCAUCACUACAUGGGCAGUGCAAGUGACUUGAAACAUUAACAUUCUUUUGCUUUUUUUUUUACUUUUUAUGGGAAGAUUAACUUACAUUUAUCAACAUACACAAUGGAUUUUCAAAUGGAUUUCAUUAAAUGCUGUAUUUAAACAAGCUGAUCAGUUUUUCCAAAGAUUAAUAAAA